AUGUCCAGGAGGGCAUCCAGAGCAUGCACUAUCUUUACAGCAAUAACUUUGACCGUCACCGGUUCCACAACAACCAUAUUCACAAGGACCAUAUCGGCAAAUCUGGCUACUACCAGAAUUGCAUUGAAAGAUAGAAGAAGGCCACAUUUAAGGCCGCCGAUGGAAUCAUGUUUAUUGCAUUUACAAUCAUUAGUGUUGUUAAAGUCACAGUCUGCAAAGAUGGAGAUCGGAGAAAUUGAGAAGCAUAAGAGAAAAAGAUAA